UCCAUUGCAACAAGUUGUAAGUUGUAACCAAAAGUCCACUUUCUGAUUUCCGGUUCCGUUCGUUCCCUCCUAACCACUUCCCAUUUUAUUCUUCAUUUCACUGACACCACACUUUAUUUACAUCUUCGUAUUUCCCUUUCCUCGAAACUUAAUUAGAACUCAAAAUAUAGAAAAAUAAGACAACAUAUUAAUUCGUCGUGUUCCUCAUCAUGUUCCUAUUUGAGGUUUCUUCUUGCUCUGUCUUUUUUUCCCUUAUUCACUGCUUCCAAUAUCUUCAAUUUCAAUUCUUUUAUUCUUCUUUUAAUUUUCAGGAUCUCUGGUCCCUCCCGCGCCUCUUCUCAGAGUCGCUUAAUUUACAGUCUUUACGCGAAUCCUUUACGAGCUCGAGCUGUGACAGAACGGAGUCGGAGCAAUGCCGCGACGAGUCGGCGGCGAUGGUUCUGAAAUUCGUGGCGGUGGCGUCGAUUCUGGUCGCCGGAUUCGGGGGAGUCUCGAUUCCGCUGGUCGGGAAGUCGCGGCGGUUUCUUCGACCGGACGGCGACGUUUUCGCGGCGGCGAAGGCGUUCGCGGCGGGGGUGAUUUUAGCGACGGGGUUCGUCCACAUGCUGAGGGACUCGUGGGACGCGCUUCGGGAGCCGUGCUUGGGGACGCACUCGCGCGCGUGGGCGAAGUUUCCCUUCACCGGUUUCUUCGCCAUGGUGUCAGCGCUCUUUACUCUACUGGUUGACUUUUUAGCGACGGAAUAUUACGAGCGCAGAGAGGCGCGUGGGCGCGUGGAGCGAGGGAAGGUUGUUGAUUAUGAUGAAGGUUGUGACGAGGCGUUGUUGGAAACGGGAAUCGUGGAGGUUAAGGAUCUUGGGCGAGGGGGAAGACACUCCCACUCUCACGACGGCGAUGAUGUGGAAAGUAGUGUUCGACACGUCGUCGUUUCACAGGUAUUGGAACUUGGGAUUGUAUCACAUUCGAUGAUAAUUGGGUUAUCUCUAGGAGUUUCACAAAGUCCCUGUACCAUGAAACCCCUAAUUGUGGCAUUAUCCUUCCAUCAAUUCUUUGAAGGAUUUGCACUUGGUGGUUGCAUCUCCCAAGCCCAAUUCAAGACCUUAUCAGCAACAAUAAUGUCAUGUUUUUUUGCACUAACAACGCCACUUGGUGUUGCUAUUGGAGCUAGUGUUGCUUCAAUUUUUAACCCUUACAGUCCAGUAGCACUCAUCACUGAAGGCAUCUUGGACGCCUUGUCAGCUGGGAUUUUAGUGUAUAUGGCUUUAGUGGACUUAAUAGCUGCAGAUUUUCUUAGCAAGAAAAUGCGUUGUAACUUUAGGUUUCAGAUAAUAUGUUACUGUCUGCUUUUCCUUGGGGCUGGAUUGAUGUCUUCACUUGCAAUUUGGGCAUGAUACUUUCCUAUGUUGCUGUAAAUUAUUUUUCAAUUAAUGUUGAUAUAUAGGUUUAUUGUUUUUAACGUUGUGAUCAUGUUCCUUUCUGUAACCACUAGUAAUUAACUCAAGAAAAAUAUAGAGGAUACUCAA